AAAGGUGUACAUUCCUUCACACACACACACACACACACACACACACACACACACACACACACACACACACACACACACACACACACACACACACACACACACACACACACACACACCACACAUUGAUGUUGUUAGGAUCAAGGGUUUCUUGUUGACACAAACAUCACUGGUAAAUCAUUAAAUGUAACUGCAGCCAGACAUAAAAGCUGUUAGUUUUUAGUUGUGUUCCAUUAACAGACUUAAAGAGUUUGUCUGUGAGUUCUGUGUGAGAGGAAUGUACCUAAUAACCUGAUAGGCUUAAAUCCAGUGACCCGAUGUACGUGUAUCUCCACUUCCCUUCAAAUCUCUGUCUGCUUUGUUUCUUUAACACUUUUCCUCUCUUUCUGUCUUUAGCCCUUUUUUAAGCUGAGCAGAAGCAGUAACAUGAGUGGGGGGGGGGGGAAGCAACAGACACUAUUGUGAAUUGUUAGUGUUAAACUGAGUUAAUCCCCACUCUGUUUUUCUCUCACACACUCAGAAGCAAACAAUAAGUAGGUGUAGAGUAUAUGUGGGUUGAUACUGCUGCACCUAUGUUGUAGACACGCCUUUACUUCUUCCAGGAGCCUGGCUGACUAUUUCCCCUCAAGACAAGUCAUGUCAUGCCCUCUCUUCUUGUAUGUUGCCACCAGAACGUAAAGCUACUGAUUCAACGUUUCACAUGUGGUUCAACCUACAGAAAUGUACCGUGAGUGCGCAAUGUGUGAUGACUGACUGAAAAUGAACACUGUGUGCAUUCAUUCCUGUAGGCUUGCAAAUGUCAUCUUCUAUCAGAUCAAAAAAACGAUUGACCAGGGUGGGGGAGGGGAUUGGUUUACAGUGGCUCCAUUUUAUACUAAUAUUGGGAUUUUAUUAUGUUAAAUUGUUGUUAAUACUAUUCCAACACUAAUGACUGGUGUUGCUGCUGCCUGUGUAACUUGUGUUUUAUAUUCAAGUACUGUACAUUUUGCUACACAAAUACAAUUAUUAUUUUUCUUACAAGUAAACUGUUGAUUGACUUUAUACACAGUAAUACUAAAUACGUGUAUCAAAAAAGCGGAUGAAAGGAAUAAACAAUACCAUACUGCUUUGAGGUGUUUUUUUAAUGUAAUAUAUUUGGCCAAAAGAGGGCAGCAUCUACUACUGUAGCAGGACUGAACCUAGUCACAGUCCAGGCAUACUAAACUUUUGACUGCACUGUUAACACAUAUGCCCAGAGGAACAAUAACAACAUAUAAACCAUUUUCGAGGUACGUAUUAUAUGUAAUAGUAUUUGGAGUUACUUUUAGGAAGACAAAUAAAACUAAACAAAACGAAUGUUUUGGCUGCAGACUUUGUCCCUCAGAUGAGCUUACAUAAAUGUUGUGGACGUGAGAUGUUUUACUUGUGCCAUUAAAAUUAUGAUACAGUAUUUGAAUUGGGUUUGAAUACUGUGAGUCUUGACUUACUUGAGAAGUGAUAGGUGGAGAGUAAUGACAUGUAAAAACACAGGAACAAUUAAAUAUAAAGACAGUGCCAGUCAGGCCUCGUUUGGCCUCACACCUUUAAUAUUCAAAGAUGUGUUUUAUAUACAUAAAAUAAUCUGCAUCGAGCAUUCAAUUGCGUCUGCUAUGGCUUUACACCAACAUUUAAGUAACCUGUUUAAACUGUCAUAUUUGAAAAUGACAACUAUCUCUUAAAAUCCCAAAGCUAUGAAUAUGCACAUUUUUUUCCAACAAACGUUAGCUACUAAAUACAACUACUACUUAACCAACUACUAAGAGCAUAAUCAAAUGUGAGAAUUAAACAGACUAUGGUAAGCCAACUCACAAUAAAGUGUACAAUGAUACUCCUGCAUAUGGACAUCAGAGCAGAAAGUGCCCACAACAGAAGAAGGUACCCAUAUUAAAUACCUGUAAAUUAAUACCAGUGAGGUCUGAAAUGUGGGGCUGUUGCAAAAGACUCGAUGAAUAUAUCCUCAUUACUCACACAAAAGUCCAGUGGUUUGUUCCCAUCCCCCAUUUCAAAAUCAAAACAUAAGUACAUGUGCGCAGUCCUCUGUCACGUGCAGAAGAAAGCCCCAACAAAGCUGAAUGGAUACAAAAAAUUGAAAAUGAUUGACAGCACCAUUCAGCCAAUCAGCAUCGCCAUUCUUGGUAGCAACAAGAUAAAUACCGGAGUUUUGUCCAAUCAGAGAGCACUGGACCCCAGAGUGCGCACUGUGUUUACUUCCGUCAAUAUUUCCAACACGGCAGUCAGAGGACAAGAAGCAGAAGCUGAAGAGACAACAAAUAAAGCAGUCGCUAAAGUUGCAGCGACCAUCUCUGCUCACUUCCCCCCCGGCUAAAAUGCCUUUCUUGGGCAAGGACUGGAGGUCACCUGGAUGGAGCUGGAAAAAGACAGAUGAUGGCUGGAAAAGGAUUAUCUUCUAUGGACAUGAGUUGGAAGAUAACAACAAAGAAAUAGACUUGAAAGCGCUCUGCAGUGACAACAAAGAGAAUGUGUUUGUUGGGGAAGUGUGUGAGCUCGCCUCCGCAAAGAGGAAAAAGGACCUCUACAACAAUAACACCAAAUCUCAGUUUGUUUUCACAGAUAAAUGGAUAUAUGUGCAGAAAGGCAGCACGAAAGAGCGACAUGGAUACUGCACGCUUGGUGAAGCCCUCAACCGUCUAGACUUUUCCAGUGCCAUUCAGGACUUAAGUAGAUUCAACUAUGUUGCAAAACUUUUCCAGCUUAUAGCCAGGUCUCAGCUGCGCAAUUUGAGUGGAGCUGCUCAGAAAAACUAUUUUAAUAUACUGGAGAAGAUUGUACGAAAGGUUCUAGACGACCACUACAACCCGCGCCUUGUGAAGGAUUUGCUGCAGGACCUGAGCUCGACACUGCACAGUCUGGCCAUUCAUGUCGGCAGGUGUGUCCUCGUGGGAAACGUCAACAUCUGGUUGUGCAGACUAAAGACCAUUCACGAAUGGAAGCAGCAGCUCAACAACCUGCACAUCCCUAAGCAAAUUUGCAAUGGUGUGUCAUUCAACGAAUUGCCGCUACACACGCAAAACGACAUCCUCUGCAAGUUAUCUGAUGCCUGUGACAUCAUUAACCUGGGACAGGCCACGCCUACUCUGCAGAGCCUCAGUGAGAGCAGCAUCCUGUGGAAGAAACUCUGCCACUUCCACUUCUCAGACAAACAGUUCUGUAAGAAUUUGGUCCUAUCCAAAAGUGAUCAUGUGGACUGGAAGCUGAUGUAUUUCACCUUGAGGAAACAUUAUCCAAUGAGGGAGCAGUACGGCGACACCCUGCACUUCUGCAAACACUGUAGCAUCCUCUUCUGGCAGGAUCGCCACCUGACUUUGUUAUUAAAGGACUGUGGCCAUCCGUGCACAGCCAUCGAUCCGGACAGCUGCCUCAUGCCCAUUUCUCCGCAGCACUUUAUCGAACUCUUCCAGUUCUAAACCCUCCAUGUUUAUCUUCAAGCGAAGCGUCCGUUUACUCUCUCCAAAACCGAGUGUGCACGAGACUCUUUUGUCAUUUACCGAAAUACAAAGGGCUUAAACUGAAAGAGAUUACUUGUUUAUGUCUUAAUUUCUUUACGCACAAGGGUUUCCACUAGAAAAAGGAAAUAUUAAAUGUGUAAUAUUGGUGAAAUAUUCCUCCUGCUGCACAAAUAUUUUGUCUUCUUGGCUAAAAGAAUCUGUUCUUCAUCGAGGAAAGACAAAAUAAAAUGUCAAUGUAAGGUGAAAAUGUGAAAGAUUUAUAUGUAAAAGGAGUUGCAGCAUGUUUAUGGUAGGUAAGUGGUGAUGUUUAAGAGUUUUUUUAAGUUGUCAACAUUUACAUUGAGGCAGACUAAGAUGACUCGUGUUCAUUGUUCGUUUAAUGUGGUUAAACUAAGCUGCUUUUUACUCUGUACUGUUUUGGUGGUAUUGUUCUGCAAUAACUGAACGCAUGUCUGUUUACAUACUGUAUGUUGUCCUCAGUGAAUUCUUGUUGUGCUCUUUAUACAUUGAAGGAAAAAUUAUGUAAAACUCCAUUAGCUAGACAUGUUUUUACUGCGUACUUUUGCCAGAGAAAAUGUUAAACAUUAUUUAUGAAAGAAAACAUUUUUUAACUUUCUUCCAACUUUUGUAAUCAUUAUUUAACGUCUCAAUACUUACUUGGGACAGGAUUGAACUAGCUAUAAAUAAUUAAAUAUUUCUAAAAACAUG